CGACUGCCUCGUGUAGCCCCCUCCACCCCUUCCCAAAAUCUAUUCGCCGUGCCGUCUGCUCCGUGAGGCGGUUCUCGAUCAAUCGGCCGCUGCCUUCGCAGGAUUCCUCUGGAUGGCAGGUGGCCGGAGUACGGCGGCGGAGGAAGACGAGAACGUCGACCACUACGCCGUCCUUGGACUCCCCUCCGGCGAGGAGGGCGCGAAGUUAACCCUAAAGGAGAUCGAGAAGGCCUACCGGAACCAGUCCAGAAUCCGCCACCCGGACAAGCGGCCGAAUGAUCCCAACGCCACCUCGGACUUCCAACAGCUCAAGACCUCGUUCGAGGUCCUCAAGGACGAGGCCUCCCGCUGCGUCUUCGACGCUCGCCUCCGCGCCCGUCGCGAGCGUCUCGUCCGCGAUUCCUUUCUCGAUGCCAAGCGGAGAAAGCUCGCCACCGACUUGGAGGAGCGCGAGCGGGCAGCGGAGGUGGCCGAAGCAGCGGAUCCCGUCAAGCAGGCCGAGCGUCGGGAGAAGGAUGUGGCGGCUCGGUUGCAGGAGGAGCUCGCCGAGUUUCAGGCGAGGAAGGCCAAGAAACCUGCCGCUGCCCCCACUUCUACUUCCAAAUCAUCUGAGCAAGUAAAGAAAGAGGAAAAUGGGGGAGUUGCAUUGGAUAAGGAAAGAAUGCUGAAGGUCUCUUGGGAGAGGAACUCGGGAGAUUAUACUGCCAUCAAGCUCCGGGAGCUGUUUGAGAAGUUUGGAGGGGUUGAAGAUGUUGUGAUUAGGUCAAAGGCAUCAAAAAAGAGAGGUUCUGCCAUUGUUGUCAUGUCUUCUAAAGAGGCUGCGGUGGCUGCUACACACAGUAUGUGUGGCAGUCUUUCAAAUCCUUUACUUGUUCUUCCAGUUCAAGCUGUUGCUUCUGAUAUAUCAAGUUCUUUUCCCACAAAAUCUGCUGAACCCGUUAACCCAAAACUCAGCAAUAUUAUUGGUGCUGGUUUUCAAGACUAUGAGGCUUCUAUCAUGAAGAAACUUCAAAAGGCAAAUGAUCUGAAGAAGAACACUCAAUAGCAUGGAAGAAUCUUGGUUUUGGAGGAUAUCAAAUUAUUUGUAGAUGGAUUAGUUUCAAGCCUUUCUGCCUUUGAGCAUUGACUUUAGACUCAAUUUUUCUUUUAUCAGUUAAAAUUCUCAUGUAAUAUGUAGGAUAAAUUGUACCCUUGGAAAUGUUGGUAAUCACUGAUACUCAUUAAAAAGGGGGGAAGACAUUCUCCCUUGCAUUUGA